GCGCCGCCGCCCGGAGCGCUGAGGCUGCUGCACCGCGGCGCCGGAAGAAGACUCGCUCGCCAUGCCAAAGUUACGAAAACCUCAAGGAGGGAAGCAAGAGAAAAAAGUUAUCCAUCCCUACAGCAGAAAAGCUGCACAGCUUGCAAGGGAAGUACACAAACAGGAAAAGAAAGAAAAGUUGAAGACUGACAAAGCUUUGCGUUUAAGUAUUAUUGGAGAAAAACUGCAAUGGUUUCAAAGUCAUCUUGACCCCAGUAAAAUUGAGUACACAAAGAAGGAAGCUGGUGAACUAAUUGAAAAUUAUAUGUGUCGAUUCAAUGCUGAAUUGGAGCAGAUUGAAUUACAAAACAGUAUUAAAGGCAGACAAGGAAGACAGCAUGGUUCACGGGAAACUGUCAUCAAGCAGACAAUAGAACGUGAAAGACAACUCUAUGAGGGCUAUGGAAUAGAAAUCCCAGACAUUAUGAACAGAAAGCAUCUUAAAUUCUUCAGAGAAUGGGAUGGUGAUCUGAGGAAACUGCCGAACAUCAAAAUGAAAAAGCUCUCAGCUAGGGAUGCUGCCUGCAGUCACCCUGAGGUGACAGAUGCAGAAGCAAAAGAAGACUUGAAUGAAGAAGAAAAGGUGGGCCCUGAUGAGCACCAGCUGAUUCAAGAGCUGAAAUAGUGAAGGGAAUUGUAAGAAACAUAUUUUAAUUUUCACCGGAUACAAAAAUAAAAUUCAACUAUAUUUCUAAA